AAUCCCUCUCAGUUUGGAUCUGAUGAGGCGCAACAGUGAGCCCGUUGAGGACAGAAAGAAAAGAGCAAGUUUGAGUCCAGUCGGCCGUCUGUUCGACAUUACUGUCAUGGACCUAUUGCCAGCGUUGGCAUCCACAGUGUUCGCCUCAACAGUCAGCCGGCUGAGAGAGAGCACUGCUGUUCAGAGCAUCAACAGGAGGCUCAGCAGGAGAACCAUGUCGUCUCCAGAGGUGUGCUGGCCAGUGCCGAUGCGAGCCAUUGGGGCUCAGAACCUCCUCACCAUGCCAGGAGGAGUUUCCAAUGCAGGAUACCUCCAUAAGAAAGGAGGCAGUCAGUUCAGCCUCAUGAAAUGGCCUCUGAGGUACACCAUCCUCCACAAGGGCUGCAUUUACUACUUCAAGAGCAGUACCUCUCCUGCACCACAGGGGGCGUUCUCUCUCAAUGGCUACAACAGAGUGAUGAGAGCAGCAGAGGAGACAACGUCGAGUAAUGUCUUUCCCUUCAAGAUCGUCCACUUCAGUAAGAAACACAGGACGUGGUUUUUCUCUGCAGCCAGCGAGGACGAGAGAAGGAAAUGGAUGCGAUACCUGCGGAGGGAGAUAGAUCACUAUAACGACAGAAAAGAGUUCAUUCCAAGUGACUCAGAUUCAGAUGCUGACAGCUUCUAUGGCACAAUUGAGAGGCCAAUGGAUAUCAAACACCCCAUCGACAACACAGAAGUUGAUUAUGUGGAGGAUGAUGACGAUGACGAUGAGGAAGACUAUGUGAAGCCGGACAGCGAUUGCUCACCAACAUCAACAGGUCGACCCACGGGGCCACCACCUUCAUACCCUCCUCCCCCAGUGCCGGCCACAUUCCGCCAGGACUCCAGUCCAGGUUUCCUCAAAGGUAUACCACCUCCUGCCCCGCCACAAAACAGGAUCCCAACCAGUGCACUCCCCAAAAAACCCCCGCCCUCCAUCCCUCCCCCCUCCAUACUAAAGGACCUUAGCAAAGGCCCGCCUCCUCCUAUCCCCUUCGCCCCCCACCUGCACAAGUCCUUCUCCUCCACCCCCCCGCCUCCUCCUCCUCCCAACGCAAAGAAAACUCUUCAAAACAGGACGACAUCCAUGGGGGGGCCCGGGAGCGACGGGAGAGAGCGGAGGAAUCUGCCGGCUGUGUCGAUCCAAUCCCCCGCAACACUGCCCAUCUGCAACCAAUUGGAGACCAGGAUGGUCCUAAAUGGUCCCGCCAACUGCCCCCUUAACACUGGAGGGAGUCAGUCUCUGGGCAACAACCACCACGGGGGGUUGGGCAACCUCCGCAGCAAGCCAAGCCUACCGAUUCCUCAUUUUGCAAACAUUGGAGGUACCCCCCUCAGACCUGUGAUGUCCCUCAACCAGACAUCAAUGCCCGGCCCCCCUCCACUCUCCCCUCUGCUUAAAACUGGACUACACAAUAAGCCAGCGAUACCCAAACCUCCUCUGCCAACAGUCAAGCCCCAGCUGCCUGCAGCCAAGUCCAAACCGCCAGGAACCCCACUUCAAAGAGCAUCUCCAGAUGGCCAGAGCUUCCGUUCGUUGGGAGAUGAGACGCCCACAGAUUUCAGGAGGAAACGAGACUCGGGCAAACACACCGUGGGAGACGAGUCUGAUGAGGACUAUGAGAAUGUGCAGCUGCCGGACUCUGUGUUCAUUAACACGACUGAAACCAGCUUCGUAGAAAAGUUAUUCAGAGAGAGCCCCAUCCCUCCACAGGAUGGACUGUACGGCAUCAGAAACUCAGGAACCAAAACCUCACGGGUGCUGGUGGUGUGGGAUAUCAGCAUAGGCAAAGCCAGAAACUACCGGCUGUUUGAAGAGGAGGGCCACAUUUUUCUGGACACUGAAGUGACCUUCCCCAAUCUGUCAGCUCUGAUCGAACACUACUACAGCCAUCCUCUUCCUCACCACGGCUCGCUCUGCCUUCAGAAGCCCUUCACAAAGACACUGAGCAUCUGAUCAACCUAAGUUACAGCUGAAACCAGUGAGGAACAGAGAGUCAGGAAUGCCUGUGCAACUGAAAUCCACCUUCGUCAACGACACAUGGAAAUACACUCACUAACUGUGAGAAUAUAUUAAAACAGAUCAUACCUCUCACAGUUUGGUGGAAGAGAAGACAGAUCACUUUUCUCCUGUUGCUGCACCCGAACCCACCAUCAAGCUUCAUGUUAAGCAGCAAGGACAGUAACUGUACUAAAAUUCCUACUGCUCGGACACCAGGUAUUGUGUGUGCAACUUAUGUCGAUCGUGACGACAAAAACAACUUAUUGUAGUACAAACUAGACUCCUUUCUUAACGCAGCAAGCCAUUCUAAUGCUCUUGUGUGCACUGAAGACAUCAGCUUCUGUAAAUACACAUCAGUUAUUAAGUUAUGACAAAGAACAUCUAGAAAACUCUCAAAUGGACCAAAACAUCUGAAUUAGUCAGACACCUGCGCUGUCUUUGAAAUAUUCCUGCUGCUUUAUGCAAACUUAAGAAUCGGUGUGAUGAAGCAUAAUCUAAGAGCCAGUACGGCCAGUCAGAUGGAUGAGAUGUAUUUUGUCCACAGGGGGGCGCUGUGACACCAAAAAAGUCAGUCCAGCUUUAAAUCCAGGUCACGAGGGUCCUUUGUCCCAUUGCUCACACUUGCUGUACUAAAAAGUCAAGUGUACUAGAACUGACUGUGACACAAAGAGAGCAUCACCCCGUCAUCACAAUACACAGCUGGUUUGAUUUGAUUUUCACUUAAAGGACAACCCAUUAAUGACUAAUCACUAUGUUUAUUAAGAGGCAGAAACACAAAAUCUGCUCGAGACAUGUGGCUACACGUGACAAACUCAAAAGUUUGGUAGAGAUAGUUGAUUUACUUUUCAAAACAAAAAUAAGUUUAACAUUUAUUUGACAUGUUAAAUAUCAGUUUUGUACUGGAUCAAUGUACAUAUUAUUGAAACUGAAAUUGCUGAAUCAAAUGGUACCAAGCAUUUAAUAUAGCUCCCUAUAAUUGUUGAGAUUCAGUCAUCUCUGUAUAUUACAAUAGUCGGUCGUUAGUCUCUUGGAGUUACUCAUUUUAUCCCAUAAGAAUACAUUAUAAAAGGCCUCUGUCUGCACAAUGGAUAUACUGGACCAAGAAGGGCAACAGAUUAUGAUUUUUCUUUUUGAAAUAUAUUUUCUAUAAAUAACAUUCCAGAAUAUGUAUAUGUAUCAGAAACUAUGAAGAUCUGAAAUUCCUAACCUGCUGUCCAAAAGGUGUUUUUCUGGAAAAUCAAAAAAGCAACCCCUGCUAACGACUAACACAAGUAUGGAAAUAUGUUAAGAAAAACCUGAGCUUUAGCCUCAAACUUUGCAGAGCUGAAACAUUUCUGUGCAUUUGUGCCUAACUACUGUUAGUGCUGUAAAGGAAAUUAUAAAAUUCCACUAUGGACAUUAAUGGGUUAAGUAGUAUGGGGCCAUUAUUGUAGCAAAACUAUUUACAAAUGUGAGUAGUAGAAGUAGAGUUGUGUAACUGUAUCGUAUGUCUACACAUUUACAGAUUUGUCUUCACAUGCAAAUGUCAACACAAUCGGAGAUGGAUUUUUUUUCCCACAUUUACAAAUCUGAUUACACACACAGAUUGAGACACAGUCACACAACUCUCCACUCACAUUUCUAAAUAGUUUUGCGACAAUAAUAAGGUCAGUCCAACCUUACAGCAUUACAGUUACAUUCAGAAAUCCAGUUCUACUGCAGAAGCACCUCGACCCACUGUAUCUUAAACAGACAUAAGCUGUUAUAUGGUUUAUAUAAUAAUAAUUUCUCUGCAUAUUGUUUGAUAUUCAGGCUGAAUCAAACAGGUUCAGCUUUUUUAUAUCUGUUUAUUACUGUCAGUCCUAAAACUAACUUAUGUGUGGCUGUGUUACUGCCAACUGGACUGGUGUGAGACUGUGGUGAAUUGUGGGAUACCCUUAUCUCUGAAUGCUCCUCUGAAACCGUACUAGAAUAGUUGUGGGUUAAGUGAAGUACAUGUGGACAUUUUUCACACACUUGUCUACAAUAGUGUGGGUACUGGCACAUAGCCGUUGUCUUCUGUAUUCUCAUAAUGUGAUCCAAGUCCAUUCAAAUGUUGCCAGUGUCCGGAGGAAAACGACACAAAGACGCAUCCUCCCAAAAAGACACAUAAACCUCAAGUCAUUAGUGAGAGGGCAGCAGUGUUUCACAAACCUACAUGGUUGUGUCCAGAUUUUGUACCUCUGUUAUCUGUGUAAUGAACAGGCAACAUCUCACUUAUUUAGUGUGCAAAACACACACAGCACUGUAGAACGCUCCUUUAAUGAGAGAAAGUACAACAAAUCCAGCUGAAAUUGGCUCUUCAUCAGGUUUCGGUCUUGAAAAUGUUGUUGUUGUACUCUAACGCAGUGGUUCCCAACCUUUUUACUUUAGGGACCCCUUUUCUAUCAUUUAUUAUACUGACGAGCCCUAAAAAAGUGACAUAUAUUUUGUUUGUGGAACAUUUCAUACAUAAUUCUCCUUUUGUAAAAAGUAUUUUUUUUUUUCAUUUUUAACAAUCAUACAGACUUACUUGGCUUCUUUUUUGCCUAGCACGCCUUAAAAUCAAGAAGGCUUCGCAGUCCUCCAUGAAGAUUCGGCGACCCCCAGGUUGGGAACCACUGCUCUAAUGUAAAGGAGGAUAGAAAAAACUCACUCACAAAAGCUAAAACCUGACCAUAACUGGUGCAAAAUGUCAGACUGAACAUGAGGAAAUCAGAUUGGUUUUUGUUCUCAAGUGCAAAUACAGAUUUUACAGCACUGACUUGCUGUAAAUUACUCUCUAUUUAUAUGUAAAUGCUGUAUGUACUGUAAAAACAAAACUGUCUAUAAAAAUGUAAAUAUAUUGUUUUCUACAGAAAUAUAUGUUGAAUUGUAUAAAGUAUUACUUC